UAGACAUGUGCAGUGGGAACUUUCCGUGCCUUUACAGCUGGACAAAAGCGGUUGUCUGAUUUUGUGUAUGGUUAAUAAUACACGUUUAGUUCAAUUACUGUUUCUUUGCUAGUUGCGAAAGCAGCCCGGAUAACGAUGAAAUUCAUUAUAGGAAUCGGCGGCGUGACCAAUGGUGGAAAAACCACACUGACCAAUAGGUUAGUCAAAGCCUUACCUAACUGUUGUGUGGUACAUCAAGAUGACUUUUUUAAGCCACCGGAUCAGAUAGAGGUCGGAGAGGACGGCUUUAAACAAUGGGAUGUGAUAACUGCAUUGGAUAUGGAAGCCAUGGUGAACACCAUCAAAGGUUGGUUGGAGAACCCAGUCAAAUUUGCACGCUCUCAUGGCAUCCAAGUGACCCCAGCGUCAGAAAUGGGAACUGCAGAGAAUGAAAACCACAUCCUAAUCGUGGAGGGAUUCCUGCUAUACAAUUAUAAGCCUUUAAUGGAAGUGUUUGACAAGUGUUACUACAUCACCAUCCCUUAUGAAGAAUGCAAGAGGAGGAGAAGUACAAGACAGUACAUUGUCCCUGACCCUCCAGGCCUGUUUGAUGGUCAUGUGUGGCCCAUGUACCUGAAACACAGAGUAGAAAUGGAGGACAACCUCUUUCCAAUUGAACACCUGGAUGGCUUGAAAUCUAAAGAGGAGAUCUAUCAGCAAGUGUAUGAAGAGAUUCACAAUACACUUUUGAAUCAUUUAUAGCAGUGUCCUGGCCAGCAGUGUGCUCAUCUGUACAGUUGUAAAUAGCCCCACCAAGAACUGAACUUCUUUUUCCUUUUUUUAAACCUUGUUUUAAACCAGAUGUAAGUGUAAAUAUUAUGAUGGAAUGUUAACUUAUCACUUUUGAGUAGUUUUUUUUUUUUUUGGAUGGUAAACAUUUGGUGUUUUCUUUUCAUCUAAGUGUUCUGUGCACCAUCUAUGUUUAUUCCAUGCGGAAAAUUCAGUGAUUUACAAAUAAAUUUUAGGUUUCUACUUGCCUGUGA